AUGAGCCGAGAGGAAAAGCUGGACAAGCAGUAUGCGCAAAGCUACGAGAAGAGCUGCGUGCUGGAGGAUGACCUGGGCCGCACGCGCCAACGACGACCUGGAAAGAGUCAAAAGGAUUUUGAGGGCCGCCUGAACUGGGCCAUCGAGAGAAACGCCUUCCUGGAGAGCAAGCUGGACGAGAAGCAGUCCCUCUUGGUGUCGGUGCAGCGGCUCAAAGAUGAAGCGCGAGACCUCCGACAGGAACUGGCGGUGCGCGAGAGUGCCGUGGACAAGAAAUCGGCGCCCAGUUCGCCCACCUCAGACCUGGACCGGGCCCGCUCGGCCAGUGUGUUGUACUCGAGCUGUCCAUUCUUAUUGGUCUUGUUUUUGUUGUCGUUGGUGCAUUGGCCAGCAUUGACCGACGACUGCGGUGGCUCGUCUCUCACCCCAACAGCCAGAAUCUCCGCCCUCAACAUUGUUGGCGAUCUGCUCCAGAAGGUCGGGACUUUGGAGUCCAAACUGGCCGCCUCCAGAAGCCUGGUCAAAGACCAGGCGGCCAAAAAAAGCCUUCCCGCCAAUGGCGCCACCGCCGCCAAGUUCUCGCGCGCCCUGCAUACAGCCUACUUGGACAGAGGCAGCGCCGUAAACGGACUGGAACAUGGCUCCCUGACCUCCAGAACUGUUUCCCCGCCGGGUCUGCCACCCCUGAGUGUGUGACGAUCGGAGGACACAAGACAUUUGUGCACAAGAGACUUGACAACCAGAACGCAUCUCUAAUUGUUUUUGGGGGUUAUUCAGUUUUGGGUUUCGCUGCAUGUGCACGACACCGCGCUUUGCCCAAAUGCCAACGUGUGGCCCCGCCCUUUUUUGGACACCGUCUAGCCCAACGACAAAUGGUCCCGUUGGACCUUGAUAGGUCUUCCGUGAUUUGCGCAGUUUGUGACUUCUACCCUUGUUGGGAUUGUCUUGAACAAAAAGAGCAAUGAAAGCUUUGGAGCCAGCCA